AUGUACUUCUGUCAACCAGAAAACCAUAACCGCUCUCCCUGUUCCCAGCUCCCGCCUCUCCUCCCCCUCCCACGUCCCCCCUCCUCUUCCCCCUCUUCUCCCAUCUUUAUCUACCUCCCUAAUCCCUCCCGCCUCUCUCCCCCCUCCUCUCCCCCUCUCCUCUUCCCCCCCUCCACUCUCUCCCUCACCUCCCUCUCCCCCGCUCCUCUCCCACGCCCCUCUCUCCUUUUUUCCCAUGCUCAUCCCCACCUCUCACCGAAACAUUACAUGCACAUGACACCUCGGUGCUCUCAGCAGGACACCUCGGUGCUCUCAGCAGGACACCUCGGUGCUCUCAGCAGGACACCUCGGUGCUCUCAGCAGGACACCUCGGUGCUCUCAGCAGGACACCUCGGUUCUCUCAGCAGGACACCUCGGUGCUCUCAGCAGGACACCUCGGUGCUCUCAGCAGGACACCUCGGUGCUCUCAGCAGGACACCUCGGUGCUCUCAGCAGGACACCUCGGUGCUCUCAGCAGGACACCUCGGUUCCCUCAGCAGGACACCUCGGUUCCCUCAGCAGGACAUCUCGGUGCUCUCAGCAGGACACCUCGGUGCUCUCAGCAGGACACCUCGGUGCUCUCAGCAGGACACCUCGGUGCUCUCAGCAGGACACCUCGGUUCUCUCAGCAGGACACCUCGGUGCUCUCAGCAGGACACCUCGGUGCUCUCAGCAGGACACCUCGGUGCUCUCAGCAGGACACCUCGGUGCUCUCAGCAAGACACCUCGGUUCUCUCAGCAGAACACCUCGGUUCCCUCAGCAGGACACCUCGGUGCUCUCAGCAGGACACCUCGGUGGUCUCAGCAGGACACCUCGGUGCUCUCAGCAGAACAACUCGGUGCUCUCAGCAGGACGCACCUGCUGGGCUACCUGCUGGUGGCAAAGGCCAAGGCUGUCUGGUCGGCGGCAAGGACGAUGAAAGGGCCGCCCGGACCUACAGCCUGCGCGUGCAGUGCCUGGAUCUCUAG